AUGGUUCUCCUCUCCAGCUCAUCUGAUUUGUCUCUCACAUCCUACUUUGACUCUGAUUGGGCUGCAUGUGCCAUUUCUCGCAAAUCUAUCACUGGUUAUUACAUUACUCUUGGUGGCAGCCCCAUUUCUUGGAAAAGCAAGAAGCAGCCCACUAUCUCCUUGUCUUCAACUGAAGCUGAAUACAGAGCACUUCGCAAAGUUUUAGCUGAUGGUUGCUCAGACUGCUGCAUGACCAUGACUGGUUUGAUUUCUUUGCAUUUUAUCUCCAGCACCAACCAGUUGGCAGACAUCAUGACCAAGGCUCUUCCUGGUCAAGUUCAUCAUGGUUUACUUUGCAAGCUUGGUGUGUUUUCACCCUCAAGUUUGAGGGGUGUGUUAGCCCAGAUACAUCUCAAGCCCAAUUGA